CUCAUUUUUUCCACGUCGUCGCUGAGGUUCCUCUCUCUAGGGCUCUUCAUCUAGGACCUUACUCGUAAGGUUACGAUGGACACCGCCUCUUCAACAAUUCAACCUGUUAUUGCCUACAUUGCCUAUACUCUUUCAACCCUCGAGAGAGGCUUCUACAAGCUCCCAGGCUCUGGAGUCAUAGAGCGAUAUGUCAGAAGCUCUCACCAAAACGACCCCGGCCGAACUUUCCUCGAACUCGUUCUUAUCGUGUUCGUCAUACGAACACUGCUCCAGUCUCGCACACGAGCAGACAAGGACGGUCAACAUUUCAUAGAGUUUACACCAAAGGAAAUCGACGAACUCGUAGAGGAAUGGACACCCGAACCGCUCGCGUCUCCCCUCGACGAGCGAGACCUUUCUGACCUUGCAGCCGUUCCAAUAAUUGCAGGCUCCAACGGCCCCCGACCAAAACUAGUCAAUACCGGAAAAUCAGCCUACAAUCUCGCCAGUCUCAACUUUUCCGGUCUGGCUGGGAAUGAACACAUCAAACAACGAGCUAUUGAAACUCUUCGUCAAUAUGGCGUCGGAAGUUGUGGUCCCCCCGGAUUCUACGGGACUGUUGAUGUGCAUAUGGAUCUCGAACGCGAUAUCGCCGACUUUUUGGGAACUGAAGCUGCUAUCUUGUAUGCCCAAGGUUUCGCCACCAUUUCCUCUGUCAUCCCUUCGUUCUGUAAACGAGGGGAUAUCAUUGUCGCGGACAGAGGUGUCACGCUUUCCAUUCAGAAGGGAAUUGAAAUUUCUCGUUCUACUGUCCGCUGGUUCGACCAUAAUGACUUGCAAAGCCUUGAAGAGGUUCUGAUGAGCGUGGAAAAGGAAAGGAAGAAAAAACGUGGGCCAUUGACCAGGAGGUUUAUCGUUACGGAAGGAAUCUUCGAAAGAGACGGUGCCAUGGUUGAUCUUCCCAAACUGAUCGAGCUCAAGGAAAAGUACAAAUACCGUCUCGUUUUGGAUGAAACCUUCUCUUUUGGCACCGUCGGCAGAACUGGACGGGGACUUACUGAGUUGUAUAAUGUCUCCGCGUCCAAGAUUGACAUGCUCGUAGGUUCCGUCGCGAUUGGACUGUGCGCCGCCGGUGGUUUCUGUGCUGGUUCCCAAAUUGUUGUUGACCAUCAGCGCAUCAAUGGUCCUGCAUUUGUGUUCUCCGCUUCGAUGCCUCCUCUUCUUGCCGUGAGUGGUUCCGAAGGAAUCAACAUCCUCCGCUCGUCGCCUUCCAUCUUGGACACUCUUCAACAAAAUGUACAAGCCGCUCGGUCGAUUCUAGACCGUGUAGAAAGUAUAACUAUACCCUCACAUCCCGCUUCUCCCAUCAUCCAUAUUCACCUUCGCACACCCACAUCUACAUCACUUGCUGUCCCGCUUGUCAAACCUGGUUCACACAAACCUUCAAACCCGCUGUCUCCUUUGCCAAGGGACCGACCACGGUUCGACAUUGACAUAGAAGAAAAGAUUUUACAGGACAUCGUUGAGGAGGCAUUGGCUCAGGGUGUUUUGAUCACAAAGGCGAAAAGGCCGAGAGGCAUGGAAAUCAGCGAGGCCAGACCUAGCAUUCGGUUGGCGAUGACUUCCGCGCUGACGAGAAAGGAGACGGAGAAGGCUGUUGGGAUCGUGAAGGCGGCUAUUGUAAAGGUAUUGGCCAGAAGACGGUGAUAUGUAUAGAAGUUAUAGUAUUUUUCGAUAAUAGAAUGGCUUGCCAAUGACGAUCUUUUACAUACAUCCAUACAUACAUUGACAACAUUAGGAAUAAUCAGGUUUUUA